GUGAUGCACCUUUGGCAAAAGUGGUUUUGGGUCCAAAGAUCGGCGCUGGGACAAGCGACCUGCCGGCAGCAAACACGAGCCCGCAGGAUAUAAAACCACGGCGCGGCGCGGGGCAGCCCGGACCCGCCGGGAGGCAGCUGAGGAGGAGGAGGAGAAGGAUGGAGGCCGGCAUGAACGUCCUGCACGACGCGGGCAUCCAGGCCACGCGCUGGCUGCAGGAGCACUUCCAGGGCUCCCAGGACUGGUUCCUCUUCAUCUCUUUCGCCGCCGACCUCAGGAACACUUUUUUCGUCCUUUUUCCUCUCUGGUUCCAUUUCUGCGAGCCGGUGGGCAUCCGGCUCAUCUGGGUGGCCGUGAUCGGGGACUGGCUCAACCUCGUCUUCAAGUGGAUCCUGUUUGGGGAGAGACCCUACUGGUGGGUGCAUGAGACGGAUUACUACAGCAACGCCUCCACCCCAGCCAUCCAGCAGUUCCCACUCACCUGCGAGACCGGCCCCGGGAGCCCCUCCGGCCACGCCAUGGGCGCAGCAGGUGUGUACUACGUGAUGGUGACCGCCCUGCUCUCCAUCGUGUCAGGCAAGAGGCAGUCAAAGACGCUGAAGUACUGGGUUUUGUGGAUGGCGCUUUGGACGGGCUUCUGGGCGGUCCAGGUCUGCGUCUGUCUGUCCCGAGUCUUCAUCGCCGCCCACUUCCCCCAUCAGGUCAUCGCGGGGGUCUUCUCCGGCAUGGCGGUGGCCGAGACCUUCCAGCACGUCCGCUCCAUCUACCACGCCAGCCUCCGCAGGUACCUGGGCGUCACCACCUUCCUCUUCAGCUUCGCCCUGGGCUUCUACCUGCUGCUGCGGGCGCUCGGCGUGGACUUGCUCUGGACCCUGGAGAAGGCGCAGAGGUGGUGCGCCCACCCCGAGUGGGUCCACAUCGACACCACCCCCUUCGCCAGCCUCCUCCGCAACCUCGGCAUCCUCUUCGGGCUGGGGCUGGCCCUCAACUCCCACAUGUAUCUGGAGAGCUGCCGGGGGAAGCAGGGCCGGCAGCUGCCCUUCCGCCUGGGCUGCGCCGCCGCCUCGCUGCUCGUCCUGCACCUCUUCGACGCCUUCAGGCCGCCCUCGCACCUGCAGCUGCUCUUCUACGUCCUCUCCUUCUGCAAGAGCGCCGCCGUGCCCCUGGCCACCGUCGGCCUCAUCCCCUACUGCGUCUCCCAGCUCCUGGCCACGCAGGACAAGAAGGGCGUCUAGCGGGGGGGCUGUGGCACGGGUGUCCCCCCCAGGUAACGGCGCGGCCGCCCCGGCUCCGCAGUGGGGGCAAGGAGCGGACCGUGGGACCGUGGGGUUUGUGCUGGUUUCUCUCCCCAUUACGGCUGCGACCCCGUUAUGACUCCACCGCUGGUGCCGGCCGUGCCACAGGUGCUGGUGGCACGAGGGACAGGGGUGGCACCACCGGGAGCAGGGUGCUGCGCGCCCAUGGGUGCUCAGGGUCUGCUGGCGAGGCGGCUCUGUCACGGGAACGGGCGGGCUGUGGGGGGGUGGGGAGCAGGAUUUGGAGACAAACACAGGCUUGUGGGAGCCUGUAGGCCCGUAGCCCAUCAGCCCGUGGGCCCCGGUGUUCGGUAUUCGCUGCUGCGUGAAGCAGCGUGGGGUUUAGGGGUGUGUGUGGGUGUGUGUGUGUGUGUGCACGUAUACAGAGGGGAAACAAGGGUAUUUUAUUAAAGCUGGAGGUGUAUUUAGCUGGUGAGUUCAGCUGUCUUGUGGGCAUGGGGACGGUGACCGAGUGCCACCUGCAGGGACCAGGAGGGGGCUGGAGGGAGGACGUCCCUCCUGGGGUGCUGCUCCUGUCCUUGUGAGGCGCGGGUGGAAGCACCAGGAACGGCAGCGCCGGGCUCCCCACGUCCUCCUGCAGCCCAAAAUACACCGGGUGAGGAAAGGACGGCCCGGGAGCCCCUCGGAAGAGCGCGGAGAUGUCCUGGCCCUCAUCCAGCGGUGACGGGGCUCUGGGCAGGGAGGCAAAGCCGCUUUCGAGCUGUUUGCUCGGGGCUCCUGGGUGCGCCACGCGCGUGGCACCUCGCUGCUGCCGGCAGCCAGCACAGCCUCAGGACCGGCCGGGCUGUUUGGGGUCUGGGCUGUUUGGGGUCUGGGCUGUUUGGGGUCUGGGCUGUUUGGGGUCUGGGCUGUUUGGGGUCGAGCUGCCCCGGUGCAGCCCCGCUCGGCUCUCCUGCAUCCCCGACCCCCUACCCCAUUGGUAUAGCUCCAGCACGCGUACCCGCAGGGCUCGUGCACAUGAUGGUGCAGGCUGGUGGCUCUCGGGGACACCACGGUGCACACACAGGCUGCCUGCAGCCCCCGUGUCCCCCUGCGGCUCAGCCGGUGUCCGGUGCCGCGUGGUGAUGAAGCCCAAACCACAAAUCAUCCGAACCCCGCAAUAAAACUCAGGGAAUGAGGGCUGCUGCUGCUGCUUCCCCUCCUCCUGCAGCAAAGCGUCCCAGCAGGAGCUGGUGGCCUGCACAGCCCUGACCCUUGGCCUGAUCCUGCCGUGCACAAACAGCUCGGGAGCUGGCAGGGGGCUCUGCUCCGUGCGGCCAGGGGAGGAGACCGCAGGUGCUGAGGCUGCUGCCAUCCCCUGCGCUCGUGGCAGAUAAACGGUUUUAGGACGGAGGUUUCUCGUGUUUUAUUUCUCUGGUUAUUAUCAAUGUCUGGACUAAAGCUGUAGU